GGGAGAGGGAGGGCGGUUGGUCGCUAAGGGUCUUUUCCAGGGGGUGUGGGUGUGAUUAGAGUCCGGCCGCCGGCAGAGCGACUGCGUUGACCCGGAGUAGGCACGGUCGGGCGGGAUUCGCCGGUUGGAUCUGACUAAAAGAGGUAGCAUGCUCGUUCUCCUUUGAGUGGUUUGUAAAGCUCAAGCUCGGACUUUAGCUUUCCCAGCACCAUCUUAGCAAAAUAAGAUGUGAUCGACAACGAAGACUUGAAUGUGAAGCCGAAUCUACACAGCAGUAUUGGAGAUUCCACAGGAUGGUAUGCUGUCUUCACCAGAGCAGUGAAUUUUCUGCCCUAGUGCAAAGUGUUUGCAACUUACAGGAGAGAAUUUUCCAGAAUGUCUAUGGAUAAGUGAUGCCAGAAAAACAUCCCAUGAAUGUGAAUCAAAAAGAGACAGGAAGCAUCACUGAUGUGUGCAACAGUGAGGAUUUGCCUGAAGUGGAACUUGUGAGCCUGAUUGAAGAUCAGCUGGCCAGGUACCACCUGCGGGCAGACUCCCUCUAUCACUAUCAGAACAAGGACUGGGAGCAGGUCCCUGAAUACCCUGGCCAUGCUUCCAGCGAGUUAUCUCCUGCCCAGGCCGAGGAGACCUUCCGCUACAUGGUUCUCAGUUCCAACAGAGUGGAUCAGAUGACCAGGACAUACAAUGACACCGAUAUGGUUACGCACCUACUGGCUGAGAGAGAUCGUGAUUUGGAAUUGGCUGCCCGAAUAGGUCAGUCCUUAUUGCAUAGGAACCGGGUAUUGACGGAGAGAAAUGAGCUCUUGGAAGAACAGUUGGUUCAGGCUUACGAUCAAGUUAACCAACUGCAGCAUGAGCUGACCAAGAAGGAUGACCUCCUGCGAGUGGUGGCCAAUGCUUCAGAAGAGAGUGAAUCUGACUCCAGCUGCUCUACACCACUCCGCCAAAAUGAGUCAUUUCACCUGUCACACAGCUUGAUGCAACUGGAUGCUUUGCAGAUUAAACUGCGAGAACUGGAGGAUGAAAACCUCUCUCUUCGUUCUGAGGCUUGUCACCUGAAGACAGAAACGAUCAACUAUGAAGAGAAGGAACAGCAGUUGGUCAAUGACUGCGUGAAGGAGUUAAAAGAAACAAAUAUCCAGAUUUCCAACCUGGCAGACGAACUCUCCAGAAAGAAUGAUGACAUCGCACGUCACCAGGAGGAGAUCACCAACUUGCUCAGUCAAAUUGUGGAGCUGCAGCUUAAAGUCAAAGAGUGUGCCAUUGAAAAAGAGGAACUUAAGCAGCAUUUGCAGGCAUCCAAAGAUGCCCAAAGACAGCUCACUGCAGAACUACUCGAAGUGCAAGAUCGGAAUGCUGAGUGUUUAGGAAUGUUGCAUGAAUCCCAAGAGGAACUAAAAGAAUUGCGGAACAAAUCAACAUCAUCCUCACUUCAGCGGCCACAGUCCUACAGCAUGUUCCCAAUGGACUCCAUAGCUGCAGAGAUUGAGGGAAGCAUGCGGCGGGAGCUAAAUCUGGAAGAGUCAACCAUUCAAGACCAAAGGAAUCAACAUAAACGGGUUUUCCAUACCGUCAGAAGUAUCAAUGAAACUAUACAAUCCCCCAAGUUGGCAUCCCCUCUGGGAUCUAUUCCAGGAUCUGGUUGCUCAUCUGUUGUCAUGACCGUGAAACCGCACCAAUCUGUCAUGGGGACAACUGAUACAAAGCUGACAAAGAACACUGCAAGUGAACAGGGUGCUCACUGCAAUCUUUCAAAGACCGGGAAGCCUGGUACCCCUGGGGGCAAAGACUUGGCCGCUGCCCUGCGCCGGCUUUCCUUACGGCAGGAGAAUUACCUGAGUGAGAAAAUGUUCUUUGAAGAUGAGCGGGAUCGGAAGCUGUUGGCCCUGGCAGCAGAGGAGGGAAGUGGAUCCACUACACCAGCGGAGAGUGUGGUCUCCACAGGGACCAAUGUCACAGAUCUCACAGAGAUGUCCUGUAUUUCAGGAGUGUCCAGCUGUUUCCGCACAUUCCUACCUGAGAAGCUACAGAUAGUCAAGCCAAUAGAAGGUUCUAUGACUUUGCACCAGUGGCAACAGUUAGCACAGCCCAACUUGGGUACAAUUUUAGACCCACGACCUGGCGUCCUCACUAAAGGCUUUGAGCCACUGUCAGAAGAUGACGUACAUCACCUGUCUGAUCUGGAAGAGGACAGUGAGGAGGGCAUCACCUUUCGAGCGCAGCUUACCUCUACGCCCGAGGGAACAAAGGAGAAAGAGGAAAGUGAAGAUAAUGAGAAGCAGCUAUCAAAGAGGUGGGAGAAACCACCAGAUAUUUUUCUGCCAAUGACCAGCCUCUCUCCUCCGGAAGCAACAGCUGUGCGGAAUCCUGGCAAAUGUCUGUCACAAACCAACUCUACUUUCACCUUCACUACCUGCCGGAUCCUCCAUCCCACAGAUGUUGCUCAAGUCACAACAAGUUUCACAUAUGCUGCAGUGCCAAACAUAGGGGGCUCAUCCAUCAACAUCACCAAUUCCAGCAGUCCCAGUGUUACUUGUCGCCUGAGCAUCGGUGAAUCCUUCAUGAAGACGAGGGAGUCAACUACUACUCUGAGCAGUACCAGCAGCCUGACCAAACUGCUGCACGAUCGUGGGAUCUCUGCUGGCAUUUAUCAUUGUCCCUUUUUGAAAAGUCCACCCGUGGUUCGCCCAAAGACAUUAGCCGUACCCUGUACCCCACCAAACUCCCCCUCCUGCUCUCCGUGCCCGUCGCCCUUGCCCUUUGACUCGCGGAGUGCCAUUGACAACUUCCUGGCUUCGCGGCCAGCUGAGACAGUGCUCCAGGAGGUUUACUGCUUGAAGCCUGGGCGGAGCCGUACAGAUUCCGCUCCCAUCAGUCUGAACUUGGUCAAGAAGCUGCAAAGGAUGGGAAUUGCCCAAGUGGUCAAGCCCAAGAGCACUCAAGGGCACGAUGACAGUGUAGAGGGCAGGAGCAGGCAAUGCAGGCCUGAGUCGGCAGUGUUCAUGGGGACUGGCAGCAGUCUUCUGGGAGGUUUAAGGCGGAACCAGAGCCUCCCCAGUGUGAUUGGUGGACUUGGCAUGCCAGUACCAAAAAUGGGCAACUUAACCGAAGACCAGACUGAAAGCAAGUCCCAUUUACCGGCACAGUGAUGGCUGAUGAGGUAUCACUGGUGUGAAUGUUUGCUCCCCUUCCCCACUGGAAGAAAUGAUGUUUUUUUUUUGUUGGAAGACCCCUUGAAAGUCUCAGGAUGGUGUGUGUAAGUGAGUGAGCGAGCAGAGGGUGAGAGAGCUGAGGAAGGAAAUGGGAAUGGUUUAAGAGAUGAGAGGUCAAUGAAGGGAACUGAUUAUAAUGAGAUGGGGAAAGAGAAGUGUGGUGAAAUCAUGCAAGUUUUUUGAGGCUUUGCAAAGAGAAUGAUGAAAAAGAGACAGCUUCACACUAAUCAAUUGAAGUAACUCUGCGGGUUAAGCACAAUUCAUCAACUUUCAUUCUUUUUCACAAGGGAAUUAUAUCAUCAUACCACAAAAUGCCAGAAGCACAGAACAAAGCACUAAAGCACAAUCCAGAAAGCUUUAUCUGGGCGAAGCACAGUUUUACUAGCAAUUUAAAGCACUGUUAACUGACUUUGAAUGAUUACAACAAUUGAGAAACCCAAACUAUCGCUAUCUAAUAAUUGUGCUUUAUUCCUUUACUAUCCAUACUUUGCACUGCACUCCCUGUUUGCGAUGACUAGCGUUUUUAAAUCACGUGUGUUUUGGCAUUUUAGAAAUCAGUCAUCACACCAGAACCUGUUAUGCCACGAAAUGUAAAUAAUCCUUUUAACUAUGGCCUGCAUGCUCCUUAAUAGUUUGCUUUUGUAAUUUCACUUAUUAACCCUUAUCAAAUGCUCUGGGAUGGUUUAGGUUUUCUGAAACCUCUUUCACAUGAGUUCUGGCACACUUUUUUUUGCCCGAAAAUAGAAAGGCUUUUAACCUCCAGGGUAUUGCAUGCGCCUCUUUUGAGAUUCCCCUGUAAUCAAUUCUAUAAUCGUCACAUUGUCAAACUUGAAAAGCUGUGUUAAUCUAUUAUAUACUCAGUUAGAUAUUGGGUGCCCUUGGCAUUUUUGCGGUGUGAGCACCAGACUGCACAAUGCAUGGCCUUGGCAACAUGAGGAAUGAAGGCCAUUCAGUUUAAAACCAUGUGUAUUAAAUGAAGUGUUAUCUAGGAGUGACUUAGGACUUUGUAAUGGGUGCCAGUUUGG